CCUUACGCAACCCAAACACAAGUCGCGCAGAUUUCAUCCGAAUCGUACGAAAUGAGUGCAUUGGGUUAAAAAACGGUCACGUGCAGUGGUACAAAGUGUCCCAAUGGAGGGAAAAAUCUCGCAUAGUGGCCUUCUGGCCCGGAGUCCUGAAGGACAUGCAGCCCGCGGGAUGCAGAUCAAAGGCAACGAGGAUGUGUGGGUCGAGAUUCAAGCCAACACUUUCAGGAAUUGGGUGAAUGAACAUCUGCCCCAGAAUUUGAGGGUGGCGGACUUGGGGCAGGAUUUGUGCACGGGGGUGAGGCUGUGCGCGCUGGUGGAGGCUCUAAGGGGGCACCCCCUUAAGCCGGCGUGGAAUAAAAGGCCCGCCAAUCAGCACCACUAUCUAGAGAAUGUCACGACGGCGUUAAAUGCUAUUGAGCAGGAUGGGGUCAAGUUGGUCAAUAUCGGUAACCUCGACAUCGUCAACGGCAACCUCAAGCUAAUCCUGGGCCUAAUUUGGUCUCUAAUCGUCCGCUACCAAAUCGGCCGAUCCAAAUUCCCCCCUCGAAAACUAAUGUUGGCUUGGCUCCAGGCUGUGCUCCCGGAAUGCCGAGUAAACAACCUCACCACAGACUGGAAUUCCGGAAUUUUGCUAUCGGCUUUGGUGGACUAUUGCCAACCCGGAUUGUUCCCACAUUGGAGAAAGUUGGAUAAACACAAUAAUAUUGAAAACUGUCGCCGUGCCAUGGAUAUAGCCCAGCGAGAUUUGGGCAUCCCUGCCGUUCUUGAACCGGAAUAUUUAGCAUCUCCAUGGUUGGAUGAAUUAUCCGGGAUGACGUAUUUGUCGUAUUUCAUGAAGCCGGGGUCUCCGGGGUUUUAUGCCACUUUGCGGUGGGUCAACUCGCGACUGGAGAGGCCAGUCAACAACUUCACAAGCGACUGGAACGAUGGCAGAGUAAUAAGCGAAGUGAUCCGUUCGUUGGGUGGCUCAGCCCCAGCCCCCGAGAAGCUCCGCACCGAGUCCCAAUAUUGGGAAUCCAACCUCCACCAAGCCCUCGAAGCCGGCAAACGCCUCGGUGUGCAACCAAUACUAUCAGCCAAGGACAUGGCCGACGCACACGUGGAGCAUUUGGGUGUGAUGGCCUACGCGGCGCACUUCCAGUGGGUCCCCGAACGGCCCCCUUUGCACGACCUCAUCGCCGUCACUCUCAACUCCACCUCGGGAAGGGUUGGCGAGCCUACGCACUUCCAAGUCAAUUUGCUCGACUCCUCGCUGUCGUAUUCCCAUAUUUCGGUGGAGGUCCGCGGCCCUGAUAACAAACUCUAUUCAGUGAAGCACCUGAAGCAGGGACGAGGAGUUUUUGUGCCCCAGAAGGUUGGUAUGCAUGAAAUUGUCGUCAAGUACGAAGAACAGGAAGUCGUCGCGGGGCAUUAUUUCCGAGUUUUGCCUCAACUUGUGGAAGUUGCGCCGCCGGGGAUGGCGCCGUGUGCCUUGGGGUCGUUGGUUCAAGUACUGGUCAAUGCGACAGGGGCGCCACGACGGGAGGAUAUUCUUGUGACGGCGUAUAGUCCCACGGGGAGGCCUUUGAAUUGUCCUUUGACUACCAUCGAUGGUACCAAUAGUGCGACCUUCAAACCGGAUGAAGCAGGGGAGUGGAGGAUUGAAAUCACGUAUCAAGGGAAGCAAAUACAGGGCGGCCCUUUCACAUGCUCAGUCUUCGACCCGAACGGCGUCCAAGUCUCCGGCCUCGAAGGCGCCCUCCCCCUGGUCCCCCACAGCAUCGACUUGGACUGCCGCGCUGUGGGAGUCCCCGGCGAGGUGUACGCCGACAUCGUCCACGACAAGCGCUCAGUCCACUGUCGCGUCGAAAAAGUCAACUCGAAACUCCUCUACCGCAUCCACUUCACCCCCAAAGACGUGGGGAAGCACCGAGUCUACAUCUACUUCAACGGCUACGACGUCAAAGGCUCCCCAUUUAUGAUGCGCGUCGGGACGCAAAAACGCGCCAAAUCCUCGAGCAGUCCAAGCCCCAACUCCACCUAUAGUCGAUACUCAAAUUCUAGUCCGAAAAACUACCGCCAAAGUGCCAGUCCUGUUUCAAGUGAAACCCACAAAUACGCACAAGAGUACCAUAAAAUGUCGGUGGAGAAGCGGAAUUCCCCGAGUCCGAGUUACCUCACCAGGACCCAAAGUCCUGAUUACAUCACGAGUCGGAGACUCAACGACUCGAGUUACACCUCGAAGAUGGCCUCCAUGCGAAUCUCCGACUCCAGGAGUCCCAAUUUUCUCGAACGCUCUAGUCCCAAUCCCCGAGGCCGUUUCAAUGACGGGAUUGACACAAGUCCCAUAGUCAAAGUGUCAACAUUCGCGGACCAAUCCUCUGCGAGGAGAGACUCCUGGGAUGCCAUCGCCAAAACCAGGAACAUCCUCUCGGAGAGGAGUCUCGAAUCAGUGGCCAACUUCACCGACUCGCAAUUGGACGCAGACCGGAGACGAAAAGUCGAAGAACACAAUAAAAUGUUCUCACAGGAACAAUACAAUAUUGAUAUCUAUGGGAGGAGUUCCCCCUCGAGGGUCAGAAAUGGGGGGGCUUCUGCUGUUAGAGUCCAACCGGUCCCAGAUGGUGUGUUGGGACAACCCGUGGAGUUUGAAAUUGAUGGGAGUGGGGCUGGGUCGGGGGAUUUGGAGAUUUUGGUGGAGGGUGGUCGAGUUACGUCGAGUGUGAGGAGUUUGGGAGGGCAAAGGUUUAAGGCUGCGUUUACGCCACAUCAAGCCUUGCCACAUAGAGUGGAUAUCAAGUUUAAUGGUGAAACGGUGCCAGGAAGUCCAUGGCAUGUUAACAUCAUGUCGAACUCAAAUCUGUCAGUUUUGGGCGAAACCACGCGAUUGGUACCAGCCAACACUUCAGCCGUUUUCGAGAUCAUAACAAGUACCAAUGUGGCACCCGACGACCUCAUGGUGCACGUGAUUGCGCCGAGCAAAAGGUCGGUGCCGGCGAGGGUGCUUCCGGGGAGUCGAACCGGAGUCCAAAGUGUGGAGUUUGUGCCCACGGAAGUCGGUACCCACAUUAUUGAAGUCACUGUUAACGGGGAAAAGUUGCCCUCGGGGCCCUUGAUCGCCAAGGUGUACGAUGCUGGGCUUAUACAAGUGGCCGAUGUCAGUGGAGGGGUUGUGGGGCAACCCGUGCAGUUUAGAGUUGACGCCAGCCAAGCCGGCGAAGGCCAGUUGGAAAUCUCAAUAAACGAGGGCGAAGUCCCCAACCACGUCCAAGUGGUAGGUGGGGGCCGUUGCCUUGUCUCGUUCACCCCCGAACAGGCCAAACCCCACUUAAUCGACAUCAAAUUCAACGGUGAAACGGUCCGAGGAUGCCCUUUCGUGUGCUCAGUCGCUGACACAAGCAGAGUCACUUUGAAUCUCUCCCACUUGGAGUUGGUUCCCGUCAACCAACCCAGCUCGUUCCACAUGGGGGUGGCCGGGGGUGGCGCGGCGGAACUCGCCGUAGCGGUGCGCGGCCCCAUUGGGGAGCUCCCCGUCAAAGUCACCGGAGACAUCCAUUCGGGGUUCACAGCCGAAUUCACCCCAACACAAGUGGGGGCACACCAGAUCUGCGUUGAUUACAAUGGAAGGCCCGUACAGGGGACCCCCUUCAUAGCGAAGGCGUUUGAUUCGAAUAAGGUCACUGUGGGGACGGUGGCCAGGGGGAGUGUGGGUCGACCUGUGACCUUCUCCGUGGAUGCCAGUGAGGCAGGAGAAGGGAAUUUGGAGAUUACCAUUAGUGCCAGAGGGUUGAAUAUCCCCACGCAGGUGCACCCCCAAGGCAAUGCGAGGUUUGCUGUGAGUUUCGUGCCGGCGGAGGCGUGUGAUCACGUGGUGAACGUGGCUUUUAAUAAGAGACCUGUGGUGGGAUGCCCUUUAAUUGUUAGUGUUGGAGGAGGAGGAAAUGGGCCAAGUGUUACUUUACCCGGACCUGGACCCGUGCAUAGACCCAGCACUUUGCUCAUUAACCAUCCUGGGAGACUUGAGGAUAUUGAGGUUAAUGUUGAGGGCCCUGGGGGUCAGGCAGUCCCAACUCAAGUCCAAUCCCUUGGAAAUUCCCAAUUCCGAGCCGAGUUUGUCCCGAGAGUUGUCGGCGAACACCGAAUCAACGUCACCGUCAGCGGGAUUCCCACAGCUGGGAGUCCCUACGCUGCCAAAGUCUACGACGUGCAAGCCAUCAAAGUCAAAGAGACCUCGAAUGGAGUGGUGGGAAAACCGGUCACUUUUUUGGUGGAAACGAGCCAAGCCGGCCCUGGCAACCUCGAAGUAACGGUAAAUGGGGGCCGGGUGCCCACGUCAGCCCAAGCCCAAGGGCCCCACACUUACGCCAUUUCGUUCACCCCACGCGAAGCCUCCGUGCAUUCCGUGGACUUACGAUUCAACGGACAGGACGUCCCUGGAAGUCCUUUCAAGUGCAAUGUGGCCCCGGCUGCGAAAAUAAUCGGGCCUGAAGCCUUGGAUAAAGUUUCAGUGGGGCGUGUUUGCACUUUGGUUGUGGAAAGUCCAACUCCCCCCAUUGUGGAGAUUUUGGGGCCAGCGCGAAGGUCGCUCCCAACGCAGAUUAUACCGCAGGCUGGGUCUCCGGGGAAAUUUGAUAUUUCGUUCACUCCCAUCGAUGUGGGUGACCACAGUGUUGAAGUGAGGCUUCCCACUGGUCAUAUUGAAGGAAGUCCAUUUUUAAUUAAGGCUUAUGACGCUAAUAGAGUCACUGUGACUGAUAUCACCGACGGUGUUGUUGGAAAACCUGUCUCUUUUAGUAUCAAUGCCUCACAAGCUGGGGCUGGAAAUUUGGAAAUUAUUGUUGCUGUGGGGGGCAGAAAUGUGCCCAAUUUUGUCCAGAGUGAAGGAAAUGCCAGAUUUAAGGUCAAUUUUAAGCCCACUGAGGCAGCAACGCACACACUAAGUGUCAGAUUUAACGGCCAACCAGUUCCGGGCUCGCCCUUCAGCUGCAAAGUAAGUCCCGGAAACACCCAACCCCGCAUUCCCGUUUCCGGUUCGGGCAUCGAAUUGGCCGCAGUGGGGCACAGCGCUGAAAUAAAAAUCGAAGGAGUCCCAACGGGAGAACCCCAAGUCAUAACCACAGCCCCCAGUGGCAAAAUCCUCCCGACAAAYUUGACCCACACUGGAGACACCUACAUUGCCCGCUUCACACCGGAAGUGGUCGGCCGCCAUUCCGUCGCCAUUUUGAUAAACGACCAACACGUGAUUGGCUCACCCUUCAGUUGCAACGUCUACGACGUUAACAAAGUCAUKGUUUCGGGCUUACCGGGGCGAAAAAACCACAUUUUGGACGAUUUGAACAAUUUGGAGGUUGGUAAACCUGUAACGUUUAGUGUGGACGCUGCGCAGGCCGGGGAGGGUACCUUGGAGUUGGUGGUGUCCACCCAACACACUACCAUCAAAGCGGAAGUGGUGGCGUGUGCUCGAGGGUUGUAUGACGUGACUUUUGUUCCACAAACCCCUGAAGACCAUUWUGUCAAUAUAACUUUCAAUGACAUGUCUGUGGUMGGAAGUCCGUUUCAUUGUUCGGUAGUYGAAGCCACACAGUAUGUCCAAAUCGGUACCAUCUCCUACAUUGACUUACCAAGUGACCAACACAAACUCGAAAUCACUGAUAACAACAACCACCACGUCAAAUACAUUGUUACCAACUCCAAAGCCGAGUUUAGUCUAACCCAAACUGGRACKUAUCGAGUACAAAUCUACCGCGGCCAUGAAAUCAUCGCAACACGCACCAUCCAUGUCUUUGACACGUCAAAAAUUGACAUUAUUAACGCACCUGAAGCACUUUGUCAUCGCCCUGCUGUUGUUGGUAUUAAUAUGAACAAAGUUGGUCCUGGAAAAUUGACAGCUUGUGUUAGAAUUGGUAACAAAGAUGUUGCCCAUAGUGUGCGUCAAAGUCCCACCAACCCCAACAUGUGGGAAAUUGUGUUUCACCCAAUUCAUGCAGCCCCACAUCGUGUCACACUCUUUUACAACAAUGUGCCCAAAUUUGGGGUGUUGGAGGUGCCGGUCAAAGGGCCGMGGAACGAGCCCUGGGCUGGGGGCCUCGGCUUGUACCAAGCCCGAGUCGGGAAAGUCACCUCGUUCCAAAUUGACACUCUUGGAAGAAGUGCAAGGGAGUUUGAUGUUGUUAUUAGUGGACCUGGGGGCUCGGCGGUCCCCGUCAGGUGUUAUCAGACCAAAACUGGGAAGUUGCAAACUGAAUACACGGCUAGAGAGGUGGGAAGCCACAAAAUUGAAGUCUUGCAUCAGUCCAAACCGGUCAGUGGAAGUCCUUUUCAUUGUGAAGGGUUUGAUCCAGAAAUUGUCAGAAUCGUGGAUAUUCCCCACGUCCAAGGGAAUGUCGGUGAAAGGGUCACUUUUAAUGUGUCAACCAAAAAUUCGGGUGAUGCUGAUUUGGAAGUCCAAGUGACCAACCCGAUUGGGCAAACAAUGCCGACUCAAGAAUACCUCCUCGAGGAUAAUUUGAAACAGAUUUCGUUUUUACCGACUAUGGCUGGACUGUACCAAGUCAGUAUUACGUAUGGGGGUGUGCCUGUGAAAAGCUCACCUUUGGCUUUGGGUGUGGGGCCUAUUGGUCCAACACCACCACCAAGAGCUGUGGGUCGAGGUCUCGAAAGUGGGCAAGUGGGCGAAAGGACUUCUUUUACGGUCAGUAGUGUUAUACAACCCAGAGUACAGAUUGAAGCCGUGGAAGGGACUAUUGAAGCGCAUAUACAAAGCCCAAAACCUGGGGAAUAUCUAGUGUCAUACACGCCCAAGUGGGUUGGGACUUACGAUAUCGUCAUCAGUAUUGGUCCCAAUGAUCUUCCGGGGUCACCAUUCCGCCCUGUAAUAGUUGACCCCAAUGCAGUGCGUUUGAUUGGUGGUUGGAACCAGUUUCUGGACGAUAACGGAAGACUUAAACUCCCCACCAAACUCGCUUUUGACUUGACCAAUGCUGGCCCAGGAAAUUUAGAAUGCAAAAUAGCCGGUCGAAAAAUCAACACCGAGAAAACCGGAACUCGAGUCAGAUUUGAAAUAUCCGGGGAAGGCCUCAACUCCGGUGAACACGAUUUCGACAUCAGACUAGCCAACAUCCCCUUGCCACACGCCCCCAAAACCGCCAUCUCUUCAGGCGACCAAGUGGUGUUAACCGGUCGCGGCCUAGCCAACGCCCAAUGUGGCGAACCGGCCGUUUUUACCAUCGAUGGGUCUAAAUCUGGUACAGGUAACCCAGAAGUGACCCUCCACGCCGCCGACUCCAACCUCCCCAUCCCCGUGAUGAUCAGUCUCGCCGGCGAGAAAACCUGGAGGGCCACUUAUACCAUCCCCACUCCGGGCAACUACCUCCUUUCCGUAUUAUGGGCGGGGCGUCCUGUCAAAGGCUGUCCUCUAUUGGUGGAAGCCAAAGGGGGGGCUGACGCCUCCAAAGUGCUCUGCUCCGGGGAGGGGCUGCGUCAGGGAGUGGUGGGGCGGGAAAUCCGGUCCUGGAUUGACACCAGAAGGGCCGGACCUGGAGAAUUGACAGCACAUUGCACCGGGCCUAGAAAAGUGGCCUAUUGUGAACUCUACGAUCACGGCGAUGCUACUUUCACCCUAAAUGUCAAACCUCAAGAACCCGGAAAACACGCAUUGACUAUUAAGUAUGCAGGUCAGCAUGUUCCGGGCUCUCCGUUCACUUUGAGGGUGGCCGGGGCGCCCGAUGCUAGUAAAGUUCGGGUGUACGGUCCUGGAAUUGAGCACGGCGUUUUGGCCACCUUCCAGUCGAGGUUUAUUUGCGAUACGAGAGGGGCGGGGGCGGGACAGCUCACGGUGAGGGUGAGGGGGCCGAAGGGGGCCUUCCGGGUGGAAAUGCAAAGGGAGAGUCAGAAGGAUAGGACGAUUUUGUGCAAGUAUGAUCCCACUGAACCAGGAGACUAUCGUGUGGAGGUUAAAUGGGCAGGAGAAUUGGUGCCAGGCUCGCCGUUCCCGGUUAUGAUUUUUGAUACACAAGAAGAACUGAGACGGUAUAUUAGUUCGUUGUAGACUUUUUAGCUGUUUCGUUGUAAAAAUUAUGUUUUUGUUUAGUUUUUUAAGUAAUUUAUGAUGCAGAGGUACUCUAGGGGACUGGUUAUUAAUGUUAUUUUAGAACUAAAUGUUUUAAUACACUUACUGACAAAAGUUUGUUUUCGUUUUUACUAUGCAAAAAAUGUAUCAGCGAUUCUAAUAAAUUAUUACAACUUA